CAUCUCUCAUAGAAGUUUCUUGAUAUUACUUUUGAGUGAGUGGACUGAGUCGUGUGUAUGAGUUGAACCUUAAUCAUGUGUUUUAAGUGGAUUAAUUAGUGAGUUUGUGAUUAUAAAACAAAAUCUUCCUCUCCGAAGAUGUAUUAAAGGUAAAGGUAGCUAAAUUUGGCAGGUUCCAGUAGGAUCAAGAGUGUGUGUGUGUUGUGUGGAGUCCAUUCAUCUCAGCAGUGUGCAAUACAAGAUACCAACUGCAGUGUGUAACUUGUGACCUCAAGUCUCACUCACACACUAUACCUUAGUCAAACUUUCCUUCAUACUUCUGUCUCUGGAGGAAGUAAAGCAUUGCUUACUGCUGCCUUAUGAUGUGGAUUAAUAGUAUAAGUGCUGAUAAUGGGACAGAGAGAAAUAUAUUUUGUUGAAAAGUGAAUUGUUGCAGUUUACAAAAGUUUAUUACAUAAUAAGAAUGUGCCAGUGACAAGACUUGUUUCUUAUUCUGCGGCGCUCAUCUGAGUACGCUCUGAAGAUCUUCCUGUAAAUAUAAGGUUAAAUUGGCCAUGGUUAAACUGUGGUAGAUCUUCAUGGCCCGAUGGCCCCCCAGAUGCCUCAUGCGGGUACCAUGAGCACCAACACAAUAGGCCGGCCCACUCGAGCUGAUUACAAUAAGGAGGCUUUACAUCAGAUCAGAGCUUCUUUGCUGCCAUAUGCUGCAGGCGGCAUUCCUCGGGAGAGGCUUAGCCCCAUCAGCCCGGGUGCUCAGUGCCAGGGCUCUUUUAAUCUUGGUCCCUCGGAAGAAGAUAUUCAGAAGACAUACAAUGGAUACCCCAAACCUACUCAUCAGGUUGAAGGCAGCAAAAUCAUACGAAAAUCCAGUUUUGAUCGGGAGCUGAAUUUACACCGAGGAAGUCCUGCACUGGAAAGCAGCAAUGCAAGCACACGUUCAGACAGUCCAGGAAUUGGUGGACAAAUAUAUUAUGCCAAUAGUAUGCCUGUCAGACAAUAUGCAGAGUGCCCUCAACCUAGACUUGGGAGCGGCGAGCCACUAGUCGGGGAUUUAAACCAUGCUGCUGUUUCCAGGCAGUACAGCAAUUCAUACCCUAUAGCUCCAGAAGCACCCCCUCCACCCCCACCGAGAAGUCAGGGUGCAACUGCUCCACCCCCUACCCCGCCACGAGGCACUACACCUCCACCACCACCUUAUCCUUGUGCCACGAGCUGUGCUCCUACCAUAGUAACGACUAUUGGGCAGAGACCUUUAUUACUCUCAAGACUUUCCCCAGGUCCUAGCAAAAAUAAGUCCCAAGCAAAUUAUGUAAAUAUCAAUAAUGUGUCACAAAGCUCAACCCCUCAGAGGGGUACUAGUCCCGUUUCGUUUGGUGGUCGACAACCAGUGGUGGUGCAGAGCAGUCAGGUUCAACAACAGCUUUCACAUCAGAUGCAGGCCCUCUCUAUAAAUAAUAGCAACAACUAUGGAAACCAACUGGACAGACCCCCUCCAUACCCAGUAGGGUCAGCCUUAAAACAUGUUGGAGCUGUCAAGUUAGCUGCACCCCCACCUUCAUAUAAUGCAACAAUGCAGAAUAGACAAAGUCCUACGCAAGACUGUAGAAGAAGUCCUCCACAGUUAACUUUCCAGGGACAGAACCCCAUCAUGACCCCUCAUCCUGUAUCGCCAUCAUCACUCUCCCCUCCAUCAUCCAUGUCUCCUGUAUCACUUCCACGUGGAGGUCAAACAGCUCGCCAAGCCAAAACUCCAACUCCUAUUAUCAUGCAGAGUGUGAAGAGUACCCAGGUGCAAAAACCCAUACUUCAAACAGCUGCAGCCCCAACCUCUCCUCCUGUAUCAGCUCCACCCCCCUCUUAUGCCUCUUCAAUUCAACAAAAACAGGCUCAGGCUGCUGCUGUUGCCCAGGAUGUGCCUAGUAUAGCUCUAGCACAAAUGAUGUCUCAGGAUAGUGGUGGAUCAUCCUCUCCUGGGCUUUCUUGCAAUUAUCAGCUAGCAGUAACGUGCAAUAGUGGAGCAGUGCCAACUACGGAUCCUCCAAGUUAUCACUCAACGAUACAAGCAAUGGCGGCAGCAGCAGCUCGGGGGUACAGUCCUGGCUAUUUAUCUCAGCCUGUUGCUAGUAUACCUGUUCAGGAAACACCAGUGCAAGAGCUGGAUUUGUCUUCCACUCCUUUGGCUCACAUACCUAUCACCCAAGUUAGUACAGUCGAUUCCAUUAUUACAACACAUCCAGCAAGUGGAGUAGAAACUGUUAGUAGCUGUUAUGACCCUCAUUUAACACACAUUAGUCACCCUCCACUGCAGCGCAAAUUUUCUCCAGUAAUGGCAGACACUGCCUCUAUAGCAUCUCGAUCUGAAAGUCCUGUUUCUUCAGUCAAUUCCCAUGACACGCAUGCUCUGUCACAGAGUCCCGUGUCAUGCCUUUCUACCGCAACAUCAUCUCCAUCCACACAAUCAGAUUUAACUUUAGAAUCUGGUUAUUCUUCUGGCCAAUCAUGUCGAGGUAUUCCUCCGCCGCCACCUCCGAUAGUUCAGAAGACUACUCAUCAUUCACCUAUACCCGAGAGAAAGAAAUUAAGCACAGAAAUGGAACUACAGAGGUGUGAAUCCAAAGUCCGUAAUUUGUCUCCUCAGGCUUUUAAAUUUUAUAUGGAACAACACAUUGAAAAUGUUAUUAAAUCAUGUGAAGAAAGAGAAAACCGAAGAAUGCAGCUAGAAAAAGAGAUGAAGAAAAUUGGUCUGUCUGACAAGGAUCAGUCACAAAUGCGUAAAAUGUUGUCACAGAAAGAAUCCAACUUCAUUAGAUUGAAAAGAGCAAAAAUGGACAAACAGCUGUUCCGCAAAGUGAAAACAAUAGGUGUGGGAGCAUUUGGUGAGGUGGCCUUGGUAUGCAAAAUUGAUACCCACCGACUGUAUGCCAUGAAGACUUUACGUAAAGCUGAUGUUCUCAAGCGUAACCAGGUAGCCCAUGUCAAGGCAGAGAGAGAUAUUUUAGCAGAAGCAGACAAUGAAUGGGUUGUCAAGCUAUAUUAUUCAUUUCAGGAUAAAGACAAUCUUUACUUUGUUAUGGACUACAUACCGGGUGGUGACCUCAUGUCUCUGCUAAUAAAAUUUGGCAUUUUUGAAGAAAAAUUAGCAAGAUUCUAUAUUGGGGAAUUAGUGUGUGCGAUCGAAAGUGUUCAUAAGAUGGGUUUUAUUCACCGUGAUAUCAAGCCAGACAACAUCCUUAUAGAUAGAGAUGGACAUAUAAAACUCACAGACUUUGGCCUCUGCACUGGCUUCAGAUGGACUCAUAAUUCCAAAUAUUAUCAGAGAGUUGGUGACCAUAAUAGGCAAGACUCUAUAGAUCCUUGUGGAGAUAAUGACAUUGUGUGCCACUGCAAUGACCUCAAGCCCCUUGAGAGAAGGCGCAGAAGGCAACAUUUACGAUGCCUGGCACACUCUCUGGUUGGCACUCCAAAUUACAUAGCACCAGAGGUAUUAUCACGUACAGGUUACACGCAGCUAUGUGACUGGUGGAGUGUGGGAGUGAUCCUGUACGAGAUGUUGGUUGGCCAGCCUCCAUUCCUUGCCAAUACACCGCCAGAAACCCAGUAUAAGGUCAUCAAUUGGGAAACAACUCUCCGGAUACCCAAACAAGCCAAAUUAUCUUCAGAGGCAAAGGAUUUGAUACUAAAUUUGUGUACUCACCCUGAACAGCGCUUGGGACGCAAUGGUGCUCAAGAAGUAAAAAGUCAUCCAUUCCUUGAAUCCUUAGAUUUUGAAGGAGGACUGCGAAAACAGCAAGCACUCUACUUACCCAAAAUUAAACACCCAACAGAUACCUCAAACUUCGAUCCCAUUGAUCCAGACAAACUUCGACCAAGUGAACCUAAUGAAAGUGACAUAGAAUGGGUCAACAACAGCAACCAGCCACUCCAUGCAUUCUUUGAGUUCACAUUUAGAAGAUUUUUUGACAGUACACCAGGUGGCAGCGGAAAUGAUGAAAAAGAUAGUCAACAUCCAGUCUAUGUAUGAUUUAGUUAUUGCCAGUAGCUCUAGAUGUGAUAGGGUCUGAGAUUUUGGCUAUUUAUUUUUUGUUUUUGUUUUUUUAUAAGAAAACUAUUUUUCUGCUCGUGGAAAAAGGAUAUUUUAUAAAAUUUAUACAGAGAUAAAGAUAUCUGAUCAUAUCACAGUAACUGUGAUGGUGGGAGGUAGUGGUAGCAUGCAUUGUCACUGCAGGCCAACUUCAGCAGCAUAUUAAUUUUAGCUUGCUUGACAUUGGAGCAACUAUGUUUACCUCAAUCUACCACUAGCUCUUUGAAUUUUAGGCCUUAUAUUGGCAGAAAGGAGUAGCAAUCUCGUGUUGUUAAACCCAGUGCUGGGAAAAGCAAGCUGUGAUUUUGUACAUUUUCGAGUGUUAGAUAUGGUGAUAUAUUUGAAAAGCAGGGUAUGUAUGAUAUGGGAUUUGAUGAACCAAAGACACAC